ACACGAUUUUUUGCAAUAGAAAAUCGCUCAUAAACGUUCUCUCAUGAACGGUUUGUUUAUUGUUUAAGUAAGUAGCUCGCAAUAAGACUAACAUAUCAAGUCGUAAACACCCAUUCUUUGAAUUGAAGAAAUCUCGCCUUUGUGACGUGGACGUGGACGUUAAGAUUUGAUUCCAGGUCCUCAAUGGAUCAUUCCUGGCUUUUAUUCACCCUCGUCAUAUGUGGGGUGACAAUUCAAUCCUGUAUAGCAGUUGAUCGUGGUAAUUUUAAAACAUGUGAUCAGAAUGCAUUUUGCAAACGUCAGAGAGCAACACAGCUUGGAAAUUCACCUUGGGAAAUUUUGUUGGAUAGCUUAAAUUCCACUAUAAAUAGCCUACAAGUGCAAGUCAUCAGCUCUCGCAGUCAAGCAAGACUUCAACUGCAGCUUAUAGCUUUGGCUGAUUCAACUCUUCAUUUACAGCUUGAUGAAAUCAAUCCUAUUAAGUUACGUUAUAGGGCACAGGAAUCCCUUUCUGGAACUCCACAACUUUCAAGUUUGAAAAUCCUGGAGCAAUCUAGCGAUUCAAUAUCCCUUUCAUUUGGCGGCACAGGCAAAGCUAUCCUGCUUGUCAAGCCAUUUCGUCUUGAUGUCUAUGAUGGAGACCAACUAGUCAUCUCUGUGAAUGCAAGGGGCUUGCUAAACUUUGAACAUCAACGUGUCCGCAAAUCCAAGUUGUGGGAAGCCAUGACCUCAGUUGCCCAAACUGUAGGAUCUGUUGGCUCAUCCUUACCUGGAAAAGCAUAUUCGUGGGUGCUACAAUGGCUGCCUUGGUCCAGUGAAGCAGCUGCAACUGAGGCAAACCCUUCUGAUCCUGUUGAAGGAUUAGAACAGGAAGAAGGCGAAGUAAAGAACCCCGAAGAAAAGCCCCAGGAAGAAGAGGAGCCCGGCUUGUGGGAAGAAACGUUCAAAUCUCACGUCGAUUCCAAGCCUUACGGUCCCACUUCAGUUGGGGUAGACAUCUCUUUCCCCGGCUCUAGGCAUGUGUAUGGUAUUCCUGAACAUGCAGAUACUUUUGCCUUAAAGCAGACCAAAAAUGGUGAUCCGUACCGUCUUUACAACACCGACGUUUUUGAGUACGAACUCUACAACCCCAUGGCUUUGUACGGAGCUGUACCAUUUAUGAUUGCCAAAAGGCAACAGGGUGCCGUUGGAGUGUUUUGGAACAACGCAGCUGAAACUUAUGUCGAUAUUGAAGAGUCGUCAUCUGGAAGUGUGGUGUCUUCCCUCAUGAAUCUUGUAUCAGGUGGAGGCAAUGAGCCUCACCAGCAGACACAUUGGUUCUCAGAAAGUGGAAUUAUUGAUCUCUACAUUAUGACGGGUCCUACACCGAAGGAUGUGGUGCGCCAGUAUGGUAGUUUGACGGGUACAACUCCCCUUCCUCAGCGAUUUGCACUUGGCUAUCACCAGUGCCGUUGGAACUACAACGACCAAGAAGAUGUUCACAAUGUCGAUAAAGGCUUCGAUCUCCACGAUAUACCUUAUGAUGUUUUGUGGCUUGAUAUUGAGCACACAGAUGGCAAAAAGUAUUUUACGUGGGACCCGAUUAAGUUUCCUGAUCCAUUAGAAAUGGCACAGAACUUGACCGCAAAGGGUAGAAAGUUGGUGACUAUUGUCGACCCACACAUGAAACGCGAUUCGUCCUUCUUUUUCCACGAGCAUUGCGAACAGAAUGAUUUCUAUGUCAAAGAUAAAGAUGGGAAAAUUUAUGAAGGUUGGUGUUGGCCAGGCUCUGCCAGUUAUCCCGACUUUUUUAACCCUAACGUUAGAGAUUACUGGGCCUCUCGGUUCGCGUUGGAUAAAUAUGAAGGUACGUCCUUGGACGUAUACACGUGGAACGAUAUGAAUGAGCCAUCGGUUUUUAACGGGCCGGAAGUCACUAUGCCUAAAGAUUGUUUGCACUACGGUGGAUAUGAGCACCGUGAUGUCCACAAUAUGUACGGCAUGAUGGUGGUGGAGGGUACUAUCCGUGGCCAGUUGAUGCGCUCUGACUAUAAAUUACGUCCGUUUGUACUUUCGCGCUCCUUUUUUGCCGGAAGUCAGCGAUUUGGAGCUGUUUGGACUGGUGAUAACAUUGCCGACUGGGAACAUUUAGCCAUAGCCGUUCCUAUGCUUCUCAGCCUUUCUGUCUCUGGUAUUCCGUUUUGUGGAGCGGAUGUUGGAGGUUUCUUCAAUAAUCCCAAUUCGGAGCUAUUGACAAGAUGGUACCAAGCUGGUGCGUUCCAGCCAUUCUUUCGUGGACAUUCUCACCUUCAUACAAAACGUCGCGAACCUUGGCUUUUUGAUGAGCAGACUAACAAACUUAUUAAAUCAAGCAUCAAGCAACGCUAUACCUACUUACCUCUUUGGUAUACGUUGUUUUACGAGCACGAAAAGACUGCCACUCCCCCCAUGCGCCCACUCUGGAUGGAAUAUCCGCAAGACGUAGAGACCUUCUCUAUGGAUAAUCAAUUUUUGUUAGGUGACUCGAUUUUGGUGCAUCCAGUUGUUCGAUCAGGAGAAACUGAAGUCAGUGUUUACUUCCCUGGAGAUAAUACCCUCUGGUAUGAAAUCGAGACCUACAAAGUUUAUCAAAGCUCUGGGUACCAGACGAUUCCAGUGGCAAUCAAUAAGAUUCCUGUAUUCCAACGAGGAGGUACUAUUGUUCCGAAGAAGGAACGUGCUAGACGAGCAUCAUCUUUAAUGGCCAAAGAUCCUUAUACAUUAAUUGUGACUUUGGACAAGCAGGGCAAAGCUCAAGGUCGCCUUUACGUAGAUGAUGGCCAAUCUUUGGAUUAUCAAAAAGGAAGUUACCUAAUCCUGGAUCUAAGCAUGGAAAAUCACGUACUUUCAUCGAAAAUUACAAAUCAAGGAGCUUUUGAAACCCCAGAGUUCAUUGAAAAAAUCGUCAUUGCGGGAUUAAACCGGUCACCGUCCAGUAUAGAAGAUAACACAGGUCGAGCUGUCGAAUAUCGUUACGAUACGACUAGCCAGGUAUUGGUUCUGAGAAAACCGAGUUUAUCGGUUUCCAAAGAAUGGGGUGUCAGUCUCAAAAUGUAGAAUGUCUGCAUCGAAUUAUUUGUUCGCCGACGCUCUUCAUUCACUGGGUAAGGGGUGUUCAAGUAAGAAACAAGAGAAGCUUAUUACCUAAUCUCUACAGACGAUUUGUGCAAACUUUGCUUCUUACCGUUCGAUGAAAUGAAGUUUCAGAAAUACAUUUGAUUUGUCAAAUUUA